CAACAUCAACAUCAACAUCAACAUCAACAUCAACAUCAAGCUUUCCUUCACCAAAUUUCACAGUUAUUAUUCUACUCAAUUUUGGAAGAGGUGAGAAUCGAAGUUUAGAGCUGUGAUCUUGUAGCAGAAAAGGAAAAAGGUUGCUCCACGUUUGGUUAAUUUGUCGUCAAGUAGCAGUCAGAGAAGUAGGGUUGUUGGUAAUUAUAGAUUAAUAGUUGAAUAUAGAAAGAGGAAGAAAAUCUAUUAAAUGGCGGUGGAGUAUGAGUGUUGUGAAUCGCAGUUCUUCUUGCAUAUAGUGAUAAUAGUGCUUUUGGUUCUCUUCGCUGGUUUGAUGUCCGGGCUUACGUUGGGGCUUAUGUCUCUGAGUCUUGUUGAUCUUGAAGUUCUUGCGAAAUCUGGCACUCCAAAAGAUCGUACAUACGCAGAGAAGAUAUUACCCGUGGUCAAGAAACAGCAUUUACUGCUUUGCACUCUUCUUAUUUGCAAUGCUGCUGCAAUGGAGGCACUUCCUAUUUUCCUGGAUAGGCUGGUGACAGCUUGGGGUGCCAUUCUCAUCUCAGUGACAUUGAUCCUUCUGUUUGGUGAGAUCAUACCUCAAUCUGUCUGUACCAGGUAUGGACUGGCUAUUGGGGCGUAUGUGUCUCCAUUUGUUCGCGUUCUUGUUUGGGUCUGUUUUCCUGUUGCUUAUCCGAUAAGCAAGCUGCUUGACUAUCUGCUGGGCCAUGAACAUGUUGCUCUUUUUCGUAGAGCUGAGUUAAAGACACUUGUCAAUAUGCAUGGUAAUGAGGCUGGAAAAGGUGGAGAACUAACACACGAUGAGACAACAAUAAUUGCAGGAGCACUUGAACUCACGGCAAAAACAGCCAGUGAUGCUAUGACUCCUAUAUCCGACACUUUCUCAGUUGAUAUUAACGCCAAACUUGACAGGAACUUAAUCAAUAUAAUCCUGGAAAGAGGGCAUAGCAGAGUGCCAGUCUAUUACGAGGAACCUACAAACAUUAUUGGACUUGUCCUGGUGAAAAAUUUGUUGACCAUCCACCCUGAAGAUGAAAUGCUUGUAAAAAGCGUCACAAUUCGUAGAAUUCCCAAGGUUCCAGAAACUCUUCCAUUGUAUGACAUUUUGAACGAGUUUCAGAAAGGUCACAGCCACAUGGCUGUUGUGGUGAGACAGUGUAAUAAGACCGCCACCAAGAGUCCGAUGUCUGAUGUGAUGAAGGAAGUACGAGUAGAUGUUGAUGGUGAUGGUAAGGAUUCUCGAGAGAAUAGCUUAAAGUCAAAAAGAUCGUUCCACAAAUGGAAAAGUUCCCCCAACGAUCGGAACAAUUCUUACAAAGGUAGCUUUAGGAGUAAAAAAUGGAAUAAAGACAUGUAUUCAGACAUUUUAGAGAUAGAGGGAAAACCUCUUCCCAAACUUCCUGAAGAAGAAGAAGCAGUUGGCAUAAUAACAAUGGAAGAUGUGAUCGAAGAACUACUGCAGGUAAAAACUCUUAAAACACAACUUAAUUGUCUUUAUAUUGUACUUAUUCGUCCCAAAAUAAAUCUCAAUGAUGAAAAAAAGGCACACAGUUCUAAAAAUAUGUAAUUAUUGAAAUUUUACCCUUAAGGGUAGAUGGAGUAAUGAAUUUUUCCAUCUUAUAAUUAAGGAUAUGAAAAGUUGACACUUACUUUUAAAAGUAGAUACUUAUUUUGGGAGAAACUAAAAUAGGAAACAUUUAUUUUAGAAUGAAUAGGAUAAUUUGUAUAUGAAACCGCUGCAACCUGCAUUGACAAUGUUCAUUUGAU